AUGGCCCAAACGGGUACCACGUUGAUUGCAUUCAACGCACUACGAGAUGGCCCAUACUUGCAUGCAACCUUACGGUUAAAAUACAAAAUGACAUUAUUUAGGAAUCAGAUUCAAGAUUCGGAACAGUCUUCGACUCAUACACGAUUAACAGCCAUUGAUCACAGGAAGUAUGUCAAGACAUUCUGUUUGCGUAACACGAUUCAAAUAACGGUGAUCAUUCGAUUUGAUCGCAGAACAUCGCGUCACUUAUGCGUCUGGUAUAUGCGAAUUGACUCGUUUCUUGGAUGCCUGAUGCAACAACGGCUGUGUGCUUCGACGAUUUACGACGGUUUCUGA